AAAGCCCUAAACGUGGUGUGAGGACCUUCUCUUGUUGUCCAGCUCCAAGAUGGUGUCCCGCAAGGCCGUGGCUGCCCUGCUGGUGGUGCAUGUGGCCACCACGCUGGCCUCCCAGACAGAAGCUUUCGUUCCCUUCUUUACCUACAGCGAACUCCAGAGGAUGCAGGAAAAGGAGCAGAACAGAGGGCAAAAGAAAUCCCUGAGUGUACAGGAGAGGCCUGAGGAAGUGGAUCCUCUUAACCCUGUGGAGCCCCAAGAGGGAGAAAGAGUUAUCAAGCUGACUGCUCCCAUGGAAAUUGGAAUGAGGAUGAACUCCAGGCAGCUGGAAAAGUACCGGUCCGCCCUGGGAGGGCUGCUGAACGAGGUGCUGCUGUCCACCCAGAACGAGACCAAGUGAUGCCCACUCCAGGGAGAAGACGGACUAACCAGGAGCCCCCUCCCAUUUGAGGGAGGCCUGGAAACCUGUGGUCCAUCCACUGCAUUUAGAAGGAAAACACCC